UCAAUAAAGCCAAGAGAAAAAGAUGUUUUAUGAACACAUUCUACCAGUAUACGAAGUUUAAAAGUGUUUAGUUACGUGGAAAUUAUUUUAAAAAACUGCCGGUCAAACCGAAAAGAUCCUCAAAAGGUAUCCAAGCAUUGUUCUUUAGAUGAGAGAGAAGUGUGAAGGAAGGACAAUGAUUGGACAGGAGAGAAAAUGACGUCAGAAACGGAUCGGAAGUGCAACGGCCUGACGUCACAUCAGGAAGAUAUAAGUCAAAGAUGUCUUAUUUCUUUCGGUGUCUGCGACGGGGUCCAGUUCGUGCGCUGGAAACGGUCGUAGAUUAGAGUAUGUGAGUGUAUAUAUUCUAUAUUACCUUGAAGGUAAAAUCGUUGACGGAAUGGGACAAAGAAGACACCGGAACGAAACGGACCAGUCAUAGAAAAUUGAAGUACUACAACCCUAUAAAGGGAUAUAACUUGCCUUAAUUAAUUAAGGUGCUUAAUUACCGAUCACUGACUCGUUGUUUGUAUCUGAAUACGAAUAUCACAUCAUGUUGACGAUAAAGAAAUCUCUCCUUUCAGAUGUGCCUCUGAUAUUUCUAUUGACUCUCAUCAAUUAAAGGAAGACCAUAUAUUCAUAAGGCACAUUCAUCAAUGCAUCAACGACAAACGAUAAGAAAAUAUCUUUUCUCGGUGGAAUUGAUAGCAACACUCACUUGUCUUCGCUGUUUGGAAUGUAGAGAAGGUGAUUGCUUGGUUAAUUAAGCUUGGAUAAAUUUACAAAAGUUUUAACUGUUUACAUCUACCGUUUUAGAUAUUAAGCAAGAACACACACGAAAGACACAUAGUGUUAAAUUAUUCUCUGAAAAUACUGACACAACUGGACACAGAUAUAUUCAUAGAAAUGAAAAAAUCAUUAUCAUUGUGAUACGUAUGAGAAAUUAUUAUCUUAUAAUGAAUGAUUUAAGAAAACCAAACAAACCUGAUUCAGGUGAGAGGCAACAUCACUGUGAUAUCUGUGGUAAAUUAUUCACUGAAGAAACAGUCUUGACCAAACACAAAUGCAUUGAUACAGGUGAGAAACCACAUCACUGUGAUGUCUGUGGUAAAUCAUUCUCUCAAAGUAGUUCUUUGACUAGGCAUGUACGUACACAUACGGGAGAAAAACCAUAUCAUUGUGACAUCUGUGGUGAAUCAUUUUCUGAAAGUGGCCAUGUGACUAUGCACAGGCGUACUCAUACAGGUGAGAAGCCAUAUCAUUGCAAUAUCUGUGGUCAAUCAUUCUCUCAAAGUAAUGACUUGUUUAGACACAAACGUACACAUACUGGAGAAAAACCAUAUCAUUGUGACAUCUGUGGUAAAUCAUUCUCUCGUAGUAGCCACUUGUCUGAUCAUAAACGCGUUCAUACAGGGGAAAAUCCAUAUCAUUGUGAUAUCUGUGGUGAAUCAUUUUCACAUAAUAGCUCCCUAACUAAUCACAAACGUGUUCAUACAGGUGGGAAGCCAUAUCACUGUGAUAUCUGUGGUAAAUCAUUCACUGAAGAAAGAGUCUUAACCAAACACAAAUGCAUUGAUACAGGAGAGAAACCACAUCACUGUGAUGUCUGUGGUAAAUCAUUCUCUCAAAGUAGUUCCUUGACUAGUCACAUACAUACACAUACAGGUGAGAAACCACAUCACUGUGAUAUCUGUGGGAAAUCAUUCUCUAGAAAUAGUCAGUUGACUAUUCACAAAUUUAUUCAUACUGGAGAAAAACCAUAUCAGUGUUAUAUCUGUGGUAAAUCGUUUUCUCUAAAUAGUGAUUUAACUCGUCACAAACAUACACAUACAGGAGAGAAAGCAUAUCAUUGUAAUAUCUGUGGCAAAUCAUUCUCUAGAAAUAGUAUCUUGACAUGUCACAUACGUACACAUACAGGAGAUAAACCAUAUCAUUGUAAUAUCUGUGAUAAAUCAUUUUAUCGAAACAGUCACUUGACUAGGCACAAACGUAUUCAUACUGGGGAAAAACCAUAUCAGUGUGAUAUCUGUGGUAAAUCAUUCUCUCAAAGCACUCACUUGACUAAUCACAAACCUACACAUACAGGAGAGAAGCCAUUUCAGUGCAAUAUCUGUGGUAAAUCGUUCUCUCGAAAUAGCCACUUGAUUCAAUACCAACUUAUUCAUACUGGGGAAAAACCUUAUCAGUGUGAUAUUUGUGGUGUAUCAUUUUCUCAAAGUGGUGACUUGACUAGACACAGACGUACUCAUAGAGGAGAGAAGCCAUAUCAUUGUAAUAACUGUAGUAAAUCAUUCUCUCAAAGUGGUAACUUGAUUGAUCCCAAGCGUACCCAUACAGGAGAGAAGCCAUAUCAUUGCAAUAUCUGUGGUAAGUCUUUCUCUCAAAGUGAUAACUUGACUAGUCACAGAUGUAUUCAUACAGGAGAGAAGCCAUUUCAGUGCAAUGUCUGUGGUAAAUCAUUCUCUCAAAGUGGGGACUUGACUGUAUACAAACGUACUCAUACAGGAGAAAAACCAUUUCAGUGUGAUAUUUGUGGUAAAUCAUUUGCUCGAAAUAGCGUUUUAACUUGUCACAAAAGUGUUCAUACUGGGGAGAAUCCAUAUUCUUGUGAUGUCUGCGGUAAAUCAUUCUUUUAUAAUAGUCAGUUGACUUAUCACUUACGUAUUCACACUGAGGGAAAAACUCAUCACUUUGAUAUCUGUGGUAAAACAUUUUUUAGAAAUAGCGAUUUAACUAGUCACAAGGAAUAUUAACCAACAAGUGAAGUCGGCAUUACACAUUUGCAGCACAUUCAGAGCAAAGUCGAGCAUCGCUACUCUAUACAUUUGUUCAUAGGUUGAAACUGUGUCAAAACUCUGUUAAUGCGACAUCAAAGUCCGCUGAUUUGAUCACAACUAAAAAACAAACCCAAGCAACGCCGGGCUAUACUGCUAGUUUAUACAUAUAUAUAUUUGUGUGUUUAAAUCCUCUCAAGGCAUGAAUUCAUUAAACAGAAACGAACACAUUGUCUGGUGGACUAUGAUGAAUGAGAAGGGUCUGAGAAGGGACUGAUCCUUGGUGGACUCCCACCCUGUAUUCUUCAGUAUACUCAUUGCCAACCCAGAGUAAAUAAUUUUCAGGAAAUAGUGUUUAACUAGUCACAAACUUAUUCAUACAAAAGAGAAACCACAGUGUUUUGAUAUCUGUAGUAAAUUAUUCUUUUGUUAUAAUCAUUUGUGUAAAUACAAACAGAUUCAUACUGGGGGAAAACCAUAUCACUGUGAUAUCUGUAGU